GAGAGGGUAUGGUGGGGACCAAACGGAUAUUCGUCGUAAUUAAGUCCCUCCGCAUCUUCAACUGGAUGCGGCACGUCUCUGCAGUGAGACGAGGAGACACGUUGGUACCGCACGGGUAGAGAAGAGGAGCGGCCCAGGCUGGCCGAAGGAGAAGGAAGAUGAAAGAAAUGAGGAGGUGGAGAGAAAAAAGGAGGCACAACGAUCGGGCAAUAAAUAAUACAGGAGAAAAAGGCGAUCGCCUGCAACAUUCUGCUCAAAUGUUAAAUAGGUAUCAAUUUAACUCUGUCCAAUGGUCGAGUCGGUAGGCGGUACCUGAAGAAACCCGAUUGGUCGUCGGGUACGUGGUAGGCGAUGCCGCGCGUCGCGACGCUGGGUCGUGGGCUCGAGUAGACGCAGAAACGUAGUAGGGAUGAACCAUCUGGUUUCUCGUCUGGUUCCCUCACAACGUCCCGUCUCUCUUCCCGCGACCGACCUGGAUUGCUGGAUUCACGUUCCAACUAAACGCAAGAGUUCCGUACAAGGAUAACACAACCCUUUCGAGCUGCCACGUGAGCCGCUCGUCCUCUCUGUCUCCGUCCGUGCAUAUCUCCGCGCCCUCCGUCUUCGUUUUGUUCGUAAAGAAAAACAGUCCGAGGAUAUACCUGAAUAUGUAUAAUCUCUUCCGCACUUGAACGCAUCUGAUUAUUGUCGAGAGAAGAUUUACAAAGUCCGCCAGUUACACGCAAUUUUCGAUUAGACUGAUACUGUGAUUUGAACUGUGCAUUUCUGUAGAACGAAUAUACGGAAAUUGGAAACGAGUUCAUUGCUUAGAAGGGAUGUGAAUACUAGGAGUAAUAAAAGUGUACCGAUUACCGUUGUGACUGUGUUUGGAUCAACUGGUCGGUGGCCGAGGACAGUUAUCGGUGCGUGAGCAAGCUCGUCGGAAAACUAAGCGCAAUUUAGUUUUCAUCGCGAGUUUCUCGUUAACAAAAUAUUCUGACCGGAAAUUUGAGAACUACAUGGCCGUCAGGCUUCAAACCGGUGUAUACAGUGAGCCGAAUGUUGGCUAAAGAUGCAUCCAGAUUGCUAAUUCAAACAGUCGAGUGUAAUUUAAUUAAUGAGUAUCCGUAUUCGUAAUCGAGGGUUCGCAUGCGAAUAGGAAUUCAACGACGAACGUAGGAAAGUGAAGUGCAGGAUGAUGGUUGAAAGAAACUUCCGGUGAACGACUGGUCUCUCUUUGAUCGUCUAAAACGGAUCGCGAUCUACCCGUCGAAUAGAUCAAUCGAAGGCAGCGUCAUGUCGGUUCACGGCGACAGCGACGUGGACGCGACGGAGGAGAUCAACGUGGACGAUUCUGAUUCCGGAAGUUGCAGUCCGCGUAAUUAUGUGAACGACGGUCGUCGCCUGGAACAUUCCGAGUGCUCCGAUUCCCCGCCCCCUAGUCAGACGAGUUCGAGAACGCUGCAGAACGAAUCGCCCAGGAGUCACCCGUUCAGCAUAAGUCGUUUGUUGGGCGAGAGCCGGCAGCAGAAUCCAAAGAGUCCCUCGUCAGAGGAUUUGGAUAGCGACAAGGAACGGAAAUGGUCCUGGGAGGAGGGCAACAAUAACGGAGGCUCGUCGAUGACUUUGGACGACGGCAGGAGAUCUUGGGGACAUGAAAUCGAGGAGAAAUUGUCUGAGAAAGACGACGAUGACACCGGUAGCUCGCCGGAAACGCAGACGAGUUCCGCGGCGUCGGUUCAUUGCACGAGCGCGGCCGAUCUGUUGGCACCGUUCAGACUUUUCCCGACCGGAUCCGGUUUGAUCUACACCGGCGGAGGCGUAAUAAGAGUACCCGCGCAUCGGCCACCCGGUGCCAAUGGUACAGCGACGGGUACACUGCCGGCACAGGCGUUGAUACCGCCGUGGAGUUUACAAGCACUUCAGCACAGUCAACAACAAGCGGCGGCGGCUGGUCUUCAUAGGGCGAGUCUACUGGCGAAUCUGGCUGCGCAUCCGCUUCAGGGACACCCGCACUUAAAGGACAGACUAGCAGUAGCUGGAGCAUUUCCAAGGAGGAUCGGCCAUCCGUACCAAAACAGAACGCCGCCGAAGAGAAAGAAGCCGCGGACGAGCUUCACCAGGUUGCAAAUCGCCGAGUUGGAGAAACGUUUCCACAAACAGAAAUACUUGGCCUCGGCUGAACGAGCAGCCUUGGCUAAAACCUUGAAGAUGACUGACGCCCAGGUGAAGACUUGGUUUCAGAACAGGCGGACAAAGUGGAGGAGACAAACGGCGGAAGAAAGAGAAGCGGAAAGGCAAGCGGCGAAUCGGUUGAUGUUGUCCCUUCAAGCCGAGGCACUUGGAAAAGUUGCUUAUCCUGCAACGGUACCCAGCCACCCAGCGGGGACUCCCGUUCCCAGUUUGGACAGACAGCAAGCGCCACCGACUCUGACCCACGCCGUGGGUCAGUGGGCCUCGCCGUACGGCCCCCCGCAACCCCUAACCGAACCAAUUUGCUGAACGUUAAUAGUUGACGCAAAUUCAAAGACCGAGUGAAUCUAUUAAACAUAGAUAUACUAAUUUAUGAGACAUUUUUAUAAAAAGAAAAACAUUGUCCUUUACCGACAUAGUAAUAUACUCUGCACUUAAAACAUGAACGAGAAAGUGAAAAUGAUUUGUAGAUAAUAGUUUCAACCAUUGAACCUUCUUUUUAGAAACGUUCAGAAUUUUUAAAUAAGAGUUUUGGGGAUCAAACUCUAGCAGUGAGAUUUGUUUAUAGAUUUAUUUUUAAAGUUUGGUACAAAAAGCUGAAAGUUUGAUAUGGAAUUGCGCGUUAUGAAUGUUGUCUCAAGUUUUGUACGACUGUUAUGUUGUAUGAUGGAUGAAUUACUCGUUUGUUUCCGUUGGACCCUUGCAGCAGUAAGAUGUUUUAUUUCAAGUAAGUAUCUUCAUAUAAAUUAUUUUUGCCCCUUGUAAUUUAUAUCGUACAACUUAGUUUUAACAAAACCUCAAUCAAUUUUCCAUGGUUCGUCGAUCGUUUAACUCCCCUGAAAACCUCUUUAGCCGUUGAAAAGGUAUAAUGUAAAUAUGAAUAGCGUAUUAAGCACGAGACCCAGAGUCCUUUAAUGACAGUUAAUCGAGAUCUUGUAAAAAUUGUAAAUAUAUUAAAUGCUUCGCCAGACAUUACGACAAUUCUCAUAAUUAUAUAAUAACAUCUAGCGUCUGUAGCAUUUAAAUUCAUUAAAAAAAAGAUAAAAGCAAACUACCAGGUUCUCUUUAUAUCAAUCGUGAUAAAAUAUGAAUAAUGAUAAGACAAUUGUCGCCGUAAUUCGAUUAAUUUGAAAACCAACGUGCGAUAAUUGCUGUAGGUUUAUGGAUCCAUUAUCCGCACUGGCAUAGUCGUGUACACGUAAUGAAGACGUGUUUAGAAAAUUUUCUAAAUUGCCACGGUCGUAAUUUGACGUGGCGUUUAUUGAGAGAAAAGAAAGUUGUCCGCGAUCUAAUGAGAGAGGGAAGUCCUGGCAGUCUUAAUUGCGCUAUUUCUAGGCAAUAUCAAACGUCUUAACCUUCAUGACAGCCAAUUUUAUCGACGUACUUAAUUAACGAAUUGCGAGGGGACUGAUAGGCAGCCGAAAAAGAAACUUAAACAAUUACGGGUUUCACGUUACGUUCUCCGUUCCGGUUUUCGAAAAAAAAUUUACCCUCGUCAAACAGACGCGAUACCCAGGGAUACGUGAAAACACGCCGGGAAAGGCGAAGACAGUUGAAAUCUGGACAGCCUCGAAUUCCUGGGAAACUUUUUUCACGAUCCAUAGCGUCACAUACCGCUACAGAACCAUUAUAAAUUAUACGAAUCGAAAUUCAUUUAAAUGAUCACAUUUUUAAUUUAUCAUUGUUCGUAUUUAAUUAAAAAUUUCAUUGAUCGAGAAUAUUAAAAGGUGUCUUUAAGAGAAUUUCUAGUAAAAUAGCAACAGCAAAUUAUAGAAAACAUAGUAAAAUAUGAUUUAUUAUUUACAUGAAUUAUCGGCGUGAAACAUUUCCCUCGAAUAUUGCAACUUAAUCAGAAGAUCGAUACGACAUAUCUAUGUACAUAUUAGCGCGAUAGUUUGUAUCUGAACGUACCAAAAUGUACGAACAAUAUUAAUCUGUGUCUGCGAUCCACUGUCAAAUAUUAGGCAAACACCAAGGCUAUUAAUGAUCAACGCGUGAAACUGAUUAACCCUCGGAAUUGACCGAAACUAAGAUUCCCUUACACCUUCCGAACUAAAUUUUUCAUAUAGCAUUUUAUUCAACAAAAUAAUUUUCCUUUUUGAAAUUAUAUGAAUUAACUAAUAAUAAGUGUCGGACCGAAAGCGAAGAGGGUUAAUAAUACACAAAAAUAUACACCAUUUGUAUAUAUUAUUUCCUUAGAUAUACGAAAAAUCGUGAAGAAUGAUUAAGAGUAUUAUAAGUGUAUCGCUACAGUUAAGAUUUAUUGUCUUCAUCGAAAUAGAGGGUGUAUGUCGUUUUAAUUAAGCACCAAUAUUUAAGUUAAAAGCAACCGUAGAUUUAUCGAUCAUAGCGAACGAUGUGAUGUUAUGUAAGUACAUAUGAUUCUAUGUACGUUGUAUAUAAUUGAGAAGUAAUGGAAAUAUGCAUACUAUAAAAAUAACCGGUACGCGUAUACGUCGAAUUAUACGAGACUUCACGAAUUCAUAAUAAGUGAACACACGAUGGAAUAUCUAUCCUCGGCUAUUAUUUAUUUGUUAAACAAAUGAACUUUAACGCGUGUAUACGUUUGUUGUUUAAUAUUAGAGUGCAAUUUCAUUUUUUUUUUUUAAUUAUUAUCUUGUUGAUAUAAAAUGAGAAAAUAAGAGAAAUCAGCGAAAUCGUAGUCCGUGCUUCUCGCGAAUACUUAUGUAGUUCUAUUUCCAUGAACUCUGAACUUUCUUCAUCCCUGUCGACUCGGAUCGUGACAAAUUUGAUUUCCUUCGUCCCGAAUACAUUUUAUAAUGUACACUGUAUAUAUUUUUUCAGUUGUAUUGCACAGAAUAAAUUUAUAUGAUCACGUGAA